GAGUCCCCCCCCUGCCCUUUGUCAGAAUGGUUUAUUCCUGGCUGGCUGUAGAUUUCCAUACUGUGGACUAGUUUGUGCUAGAGUUGGGGGAUGGGUGUUGCUAAGCAACAGUCUGUGCAGUGUACUUCCUCUCUGUCUGUGCGCUGCUAGCUAGGAUUGGUACUGAUAAUCACCAAGCUGUACUUCAAAAUGUUCUAGGCACAAGAUUUGGUAUGCCUGCAUUUGUGGUGCCUGCAAAUAUAGUGUACACUAAAUAGGUGUCAUUAGAAAGAAAAAAAUAUGGAGUUUUUGUGUUUCAUAGUGUUUAUUAUAGCAGACUGCUAUGUCAAGAGCAUUGAACUAAUAUUAAUUCUGGGUUUAAUUAAUAUGGUUAUAGGCUACUGUAGAACACACACCCUUUAUAGAGCAUACCCCUGCAAGGAAAAGGUGGACUAGUCCUAACUGAGUCCCUCCUCCUCUCUUUCAUGUUCUCCUGCUGGGCUCUCAGCCGUUCUCUGCUCCCACAAUCAACAAAUACAUGGAAGGCCUCAAUCCCACGUAUCCUGCUUAAGGCAACAAUGGAAGUUGUUGUGACAGAGGAGAAGAAGAAGAUUUUCCGUGCUAGGAAAACCAUGAAGAUCAGUGAUCGACAGCAACUGGAGAGUCUUCACAGCACUUUGUUGACAACGGCUCCAGAUUUGUCUGACACAUCUCCUCCACCUCUAAUGAAUGGCACACAUAAGGAGGAUGGACACAAAGCCGGAGACAAAGAGCAAAACAACAUCUCGGACUCAAACUCCCCCUGUGCUACAUCCCCUGCCUCUCUGACCUCUCUGAGCUCUCCUGCUCCUUUCUUGUCCCUAAAUUUGUCCCCUUCACCCGCCUCUUCGGAAAGCCCAAAAGCAAAGGAAGAAACUUCUCCCACAUCACCAUUCCACUCUCUGAACUUUGAACUGCAAAAGAUGCAGGAGGAGGGGGGCGAUGAGGAGACUAAACGUUUUUCAUCAUCCUCACCAAAUGAGUCCGUUACACCAGCGUCAACAGAAUCUAAGGACAACCAGGAAAAAGACAUGGAGAUGAACCCAGAGGUGGAGAAGAAAGAGGCUGAACAAACUACAACAAAGGAACUAUCUGUGGAUUUGGCAAAGGAUUCUGUUAAAAAUUUGGUUUCACGUUCAUCUGUGCCACCUCUAGUAUCUGACUGCACAGAACCAAUGGAUACAGAUAAUGACACUAUAAAGGCCAAGGAACCUGAGGCCUCCACAGCCAAAAUAAAAGACGAAAAGCCGCCUUCUCCCAAGUGUACCACGUCUAAUUCCUCUCUUUCUGGUCCAUCAUCGUCUCGUUCAGCGUCUUCUUCUUGUGUGGAUCUAAAACGAGAAAAGCAAAACAAGACAGAGGAGAUAAAAGAGGAGGAGAUUAAAAAUGAAGAUGUGAAAAAUGGAUCAGUAAUUGAGACGGAGAUGAAGGUGGACUCGGUGAAAGUAGAGACCAAAACGGAAAAAAGUGAAACUAGUCAAACCACAAAGCUAUCUCGACCAUCAUCAACUCCACCAUCUGCUACAGUGCAAGAGGACAAGGGCUCCAUCCCGGGACUGAAGCGCACUUUGUCAGAGGGUUAUGAAAAAGAUGAACAAAGUGUAAAAAGAGAAGGCAAGAGGCCCAAGGUGGAGCGGGAAGAGUUGGAAGCCGAACUGGAGCUCAAAAUUACUGCAAAAGCCGGCAGUCACCAUAAACUUGAAAAGAUUGUGCAACAGCUAGUGGAUGAACGGUUGAGGGCCUUGCAGGUGACCAUUUUUGACAAACAUUUCAAGGAGCUCAAGGACAGAGUAGACAAGAUCGACUGUGCUGCUAAACACCAAACCGCCAUUAACACACUCCAAGCCAAGAUCGCUCGACUAGCAAAAAAGUUUGGGGAGGCUAAUCAGGCAUCAGAGAACAAAAGGAAACAUGAGGCGCUCGCUGCUGCUGCUGCUGCCGCCGCCGCCAAAAAUGCUAAUGUCACAAACACCCCCCAAGUUCAACGGCCAGUCCGGACAGCCUUGGAGGUAAAGCAGACUCCAACAACUGUUUCUUCAUCCAGCAGCAGUGCAAAUCCAGGCCAAACAGUAUCGUCAGUCCCUGCUGCAGCUCCAGUCCCAACGCCCACCUCCACUGCCAUGGUUACACAGGCCCCCAUCCUCCAGCUGAUCACCUCCACCUCUAAUGCUGCCUCCACCUUGGCCACUGGCAUCACCACUCAGAGCCCUACAGGCACCCUGCUGCUGAAGACGGCCCCCGGGAGCGGCAUGGUGACUACGGGUCAACCGCUGCUCAUUCAGCUGCCUUUAUCAAUGGCUAAUGGCCAGGCAGGAACGCUGGUCAAUAUCCCCGUUUCCUCUUUGUCCGCAGCCAGCUCACUCAACAAGGCAAAAACCACAUCUUCCACUGCCACUUUUAUACUCAAGCCUGCUCCUGCCAUUACCACGGCGCCAGCCUCUGCCCCAGCUGCUGCCACUGUCCCAGCACUCCAGGCAUCUACUGGCCAGAUGUCUGUUGCCCGUGCUGUCUACCAAGGAGGCACUGGGGGGAUAACUACACCCAGCGCAGGGGUAUCCGUGACCACAGCCAGGACACCAGCUCAGUCUGUCUCUGUAGCAGGAGCUAUGUCUUCAGCCUCUUCACCUGCAACCUCUGGGCCGGCAGCAACGGGUUCCACAGCUCCAGGACCACCACAGGGGACAUCUCUGACAUCGAAGACAGACAACCAGUCUACAGGAUCCACUCCCUCCAAAGCAGCUCCUUCAGCAGCACGACCUAAAGGCUCUGUCAUCGAUCUCACUGAGGACGACGAUGAUGUACAAGUGACAGGAGUGAAGAAUGCCACUAUUGCAGCUCCCUCGCCUGUCCAGCGUCCUCACACAGUUGUCAGCAUGCACAACAGUAAGACCACCACAUUAUAUUGUGCAGGAGCAAGGUCAUCUCCGCAAAGCAAUCAGAACUCGUCCAGCAAUCCUCAGUUGACAGUCCACCACCGCCCCCCACUGGAUUCCCCAUUGAAAUCCCGCACUGUAACCAGUAGUACGCCAACACGGGGAUCUAGCGUGGCAUUGCCACCUCUCCCACCUGCACCGGCACCUCCACGCUUAUCCCCAGAGGCUGAACGGACUUCACCUCCUCAGCAACCUCAGCUUAAACUGGUGCCAAGUCAGACCGGCAUAGUGCUGUCUUGGUGUGUGGCAGAAACUGAUCGGACCUGUGCGGCUGUAGACAGCUAUCACCUCUAUGCCUUCCAUCAAGACAACUCUAACAGUAAUGCAGCACAGCAGCACUGGAAGAAGAUAGGGGAGGUGAAGGCCCUUCCUCUGCCUAUGGCCUGUACACUGACCCAGUUCCAGUCUGGCUCCACUUAUCAUUUUGCGGUCCGAGCCAAAGACAUCCAUGGGCGCUUUGGCUCCUUCUGUGAACCUCAGUGCACAAAUGUCAUCAGUUCCAACUCUAGCUGAGCAGUUAAGGAAUGGAAACAUUUUUUGGCAUUUUAAAGUUCAUCAGUUCAUUUGCUUUUUUGUGACAGGAACUCACAUAUUGUGCAUUCAACACUUAGAGUAUCUGUAAAUAUAUCUCCAUGCAUAAAGACCGGACUUCUGGCUGAGAGAAAUAAAGCAACAAACAGUUGGUUUUAUCUGGUUAAUGUAUGUAAUGUAUUUUUGUGGCUUAAGCUGUUGUACAAAAUUUAAUUACUUUGCCCGUCAACCAAGUCAGAUAUUUAUGUUACUGUUACUAUGACCUACAUGUCUGUUGCUUUACUUGAGGAUACAUGACAGGAUUAUCAAUGUACACUCUGAAUUGCACAGAAAUGUAUGUGUGGUAGAAACUGACAGAUUUUUUUGUAAAUUUUGUCUGGCAACCAGACUUUGACAAACACAAUAAAAGGUUUUAUUAAA